UCCUUAUUUCUCAAUUUCGUUCUUUGCCUCCUUCGUCUUGUCUAUCGUUGAUUAUUUCAUUCUUUUAACCUUUUUUUUGCCAUUUCAUUCACAACUCUAACUCGACACAUUCUUUGCUGAUUUCGGGAUUGUUAAUCAUUAUUCUUUUCAUACCUAUUGAAUAUCUGCGUUUUUUCAUAUUUAUUUCUAUAGGCAUAUACACACCCAUCUAGCUUUUCUUUGGAUCUUAAAAAUUGCGUUUCACGAAAUAUUUCCUAAGUUCAAAUACCACGAAUAUAGUUAUGAAGAUCUCAUCACCAAUCUUUCUUUUUAUUGCACUUUUCUUUUCUCAACUAAGUUCGGCUGGUCCGUUGUGGCGCAAUGGGACGAGUAGGAAGUAAGUUCUCUUCUAUUCGGUGCGAUACUCUUGAUUUUUCACAGAUGAUUUUUUACUUGUGUGUUUGAUGAUGCUGAUUUAAUUCCGUGAUAGUUUUAUAAGAGAUGGCCAUGGGGGAAAGGAAAGUAGUGAGAGUGCCAUUGUAAUUACGAUUUUACCUGGUACAUUCACUUCUUCAACGAUCAGUUCUACGACUCAAAUCGAAUCAUCCUCUACGACAGGUGGAAGUUCAGCUUUAAUUCCUAGCGCGACGGUUAUUUCGACACUAUCGAGUAGCACUUCUGCAACUUCAGUAGUACAAUCAGAGAAGGGAUCUCAAACGACCGGAUCUCAAACGACAGGGCCUCAAAGCACGGCGAGUACUUCUAGUACAUCAUCAGAUGAAAAUAAUGAAUCCAAGACUCCAUUGGCUUCUUCAACAUCCUCGACACAAUCAGCUUUAGUAUCCUCGAUUAUAUCAAGUACAGACAGUACAACUCUGGCAUUAACAAGUUCAUUUCCAUCUCAAACAUCGAGUACCGCAAGCGAUACCGAAACAAAGACUGGAGAUGCUGCCGCAUCAGAAUUAACGUUCACUAUUACUCCACCAUUCAUUCCUGCAUCAACUGCAAAAGCAUCUUCUACGAAGAGCGAUACUUCAAUUCAGAGUUCAUCGGGGAGUGCGUCUGAGUCGAAAGCUAGCUCUUCUUCUUCUUCGAGUCAGCCUUCUGUUCGGACUACUACUUUUCCGCCGCUUCCUACUAGUUUGCCGAGUAGUACUACUUCACCGGAAAGUUCUUCCGCGGCGGGUACUUCCUCAUUGUCAAGUUUAUAUUCGGUACAAACUACAAUUUUCCCACCACUUCCUACCAGCUUGCCUGAUAGUAGUACUUCAUCGGAAAGUUCUUCCGCAUCGGGUACCUCCUCAAUAUCGAGUCUGGUUUCUGUACAAACUACAAUUUUUCCACCGCUUCCGACUACCUUGCCUGAAGCUAGUACUACACAGCAAAGUUCUUUCGAGCAAUCAUCACAGGGUUUUGGAUCAGUAACUUUAGCAUCUUCAUCAUCUCCAUCAUCACCAACCAUAUCAGUAGCCCCAUUUAUUAUCGGAAAUUCAAGUACAGCAGCUGUAGGCACUGCACCAAUUUCCAGUAAUUCGGGUCCAAGUUUCAAACCCACGAUUGGUAUUACGACUGAGACUUCUGGAACCACUACUCAAUCUUCCAUAAGGGUGACAUUGUCUCCUAUUACGGUGCCACUUGGUACUGCUGGAACAGUAUCCAUUUCCAUCGGAAGUGCCUUGUCGACUGGGGGAAGUUCAGCGAGUACGGUUGGAGUGCAAAGUACUGGAAAUAUGGAGUCUAGUACGACUUCAAGUCAAGAGCCAAUAGAAACGGGACCGACUGAGCAAACCUUUACUCCUCAAGCCUCAACAACAAAGUCUUCACUUGAAUCACCUUCAAGCAAUGCCCUCAAAACAACAAUCGUAUAUAUAACGACUGUUGUUCCUUCUUCCACUCUUGGAGUUAUUUCAUCUUCCACUUCGUCCUCAUCAUCAAUUUCAUCAACUUCAUCUAUUCAAGUGAAAACAUCAGAGAUUGCUUUCCCCUCGUCGACAGCCAGGCCUACAACAAUUUUGGUCGUAACAUCAGAGAUAACAUCUCUUUCAUCAACAUUCUCCUCCUCCUCCUCCUCCUCUUCAGAAGCCCAAACUAUAAUUUUCCCCGAACUGCCUACAACGCAACCUGCUAGUACCGCAGAGAUCAUCAUGACAACAGCAAAGGAAUCAACAAAAACGAAAGAAUCUUUUUCUAGUGCUACUGAAACACCUACUUCAAUAUCUACUUCCUCUUUAUCUUCAUCUUCUUCAUCUGCAUCCUCCGUAGAAGAAACAAUCAUCCAAGAAACCACAAUCCUCGCAACCACAAUCCCCGCAACCACAAUCCCACAAACCACCAAAACACCAAAAUUCACCGACCCACCAAAACCCACCCAAAUCAUCCCAACCACAACACUCAUCAGCGUGAGCACACCAGAUGCAAAUAAUGGAGCCAUAACCGCAUUAACCAUCAUUCCCGUAACGAUCAGUUCCAAUUCCAACUCCAACUCCAACUCCGGCACCGAAAACGAAACUAGUAAAAAUGGGAAUAAUGGAUCCGGAAACAACCAAAACACCAGCGCAACAAGCAAAACCACUGAAAUAAUCAUCACGAGCGCUAUUGUAACAGCUGCUACUAUUGUCGCCGGAAAUGGAUUACCGCUGACGACUCCUAUCUCUACUUCUACUUCUACUUUCACUCCUACACCUAUAGCUAGUCCUAGUCCUACUUCGAUCAUUGUGCUAAGUACUAGUACUAGUACCAGUACCAGUACUUCGGCUGAAGAUGCAGAUGGAAAAGGAGGAAAAGGAAUAGAAACAACAAUUCUCAAUUUCCCAGCACCUAGAGAGACAAAUACAUACGAGGACACGAGUAGUACAAGUGCAGCUGCAGCUGCAAGUAGCGCAGGAGGGACAAAUAAUAAUAAUGAUAAUAUUUGUUUGGGAGUGGGAAGUAAUGGGAAGAUUAGCAGUAUGAGUAGUUGUAUUGGGGGAGCGACGGAGACGGUUAGUGUUACUGCUACUGCUACUAUGACUUUUUUGGCCAAGGAGACGCUUACGCUUACGCUUACGGUUACGGUUAAGGGAUAGAUAGGGGUUACUGGGUAGUGAAUAGAGGGUAGAAGAUAUAUAGAGUGUGAGGAAUUAAUUGAUUUGGGUUUGUGUUUGUGUUUGAGUGGAUUGAGUGCCGGUAAAUUGUAAUAGAUCUAGAAUAAAUUGAGAUAAUGAGGGGGAGAAUUCAUUAGUAGUAGGAAAUUUA